UCGUCCAUGGAAUCAAUGAUGAAUUUAACUCCAUAUAGUUCUAAUAACUCUACCAAUCAGGAUGAUUUUGUGAUUUACUCUGAUUCUGACGUGGGAUCUCUGAACUCGCUUUCAUUACCCCAUAAUUAUCACUACCAUAAUAAUAGUUCUAGUGCAUCAGAAACAGAUUCCACAAUUUCGAAAACAAAAGACCGAUUGAAAAAGAAAAAGACUUCUCCCAGCUCUCAUCUUCGUUCGUCUUCAGUAUCUGACUCAAGGAGAGAUAGUCUAGAAACAACUCCAACACCUAAAUCUAAAAAACGUAUAAGAAGAAAAUCCAAAAAUUCGGAUCAUGCAAGUGAAAAAUCAUCCAUACGACAUCCUCUUUCGAAUUCUUCUUCAUAUAAUUUGAAUCAUGAAUAUCAAACAAGUAGUGGUUAUACCCUGACUCCCGCCACUGGGAAAAUUUUCCGUAAUUUAUUAAUUCUAGAAGAAAGUUUAAGAGAACAAGUUAUUCAACAAAGAGCUUUAAGAAGAAAAUAUUUAACUUUCUUAUCAAUUUUAUGUUCCUUAAUUGCUUCAAUUUCUCAUCACUUAUAUUUCAGUAACGAUGUCAAUUCAUCUUCAAAUGGUGGUCCAAUUAGAGUAAUCCUACAGAUCUUUUUGCUUUCUUUAAUCGUUACUCUCAUGUUAUAUCAUUUAUCUGGUGAAUACCAAAAGACAAUUGUUCUACCUCGAAAGUUCUUAUCAUCAACUAAUAAAGGUUUACGUCAAUUAAAUGUUAGACUCGUCAAGAUUAAAACUCCUUGGACUGAUAGUAUAAUUGAUUUAAUUCGUGAAUUUGUAUUAUUAUUGGCUACUAUGUGUCUUGAUAGUCUACAUAAGGUUUAUCCAUCUAUCAAGGGUAAUAAAGACUCAAAAGUUGAAGUCUUUCUCGUUUCUUGCCAACUGCAAUGCCAACCAAGAAUUGGGGUAACUGAUGUCAAACUCGUUUUGAAUGCCCGUGUUUUCAAUACGGAUGUAAGAGAAGGUUGGGAACUAUACAGAAGUGAAUUUUGGAUCCAUGAAGGUGUUAGAAGACGAAAUGCAAUGAUGGCUUUUGUUAAUGAAAGCUAUCAACGCGACUCAUUAAAUAGAGAGAGAUUAUUGAAUAAAGAUAAAAAGGAUCGUAAAGAUAGAAGAAAAUCAAGUCAUGGAUUAAGUGAAAGAAACUUGAAUCGCUUA